UUAUGUAUAGUUUUAUCAUUCUUUCUUCAUUUCUCCGUUCCUCCCUAUGCACUGCCCUGCGAUGGCGGAAACCAAAGAGAGAAAAAUCCCAGUUUUUACGGUGCUAAAGAACGGCGCAAUUCUUAAGAACAUCUUCAUCGUCAACAAACCACCGGCUGACCCAUCACAGACGUCCUCUUCCGAACCCAAUGCCUUAUCCACCGCUGAAAAUCCUGAAGAAGAAAAGCAAGAACUGGAAGAUAUCUUGUUCGUUGGGAGACACCCCGACUGCAACAUCAUGUUGACUCAUCCCAGCAUCAGUAGAUUCCACCUUCAGAUCAACUCGAGACCCUCUUCACAGAAGCUCUCGGUGGUCGAUUUAUCAUCUGUGCACGGGACCUGGGUUUCAGAGAAGAAGAUUGAGUCAGGUGUUCCUGUGGAAAUGAAGGAGGGUGAUACUAUAAGAGUUGGUGGCUCAACUAGGGUUUAUAGACUGCAGUGGAUUCCCUUAAGCCGCGCCUAUGAGACUGAAAACCUCUUCAUUUCAGCGAAAGACUUGAAUACAACAGAAGAGAAAGAGGAGGAGAAUUCUCUUCAGGAGAAGAAUGCAAUGUCAAUUGAAGAUGAAUGUGUAAAGGAUAGAGAUCCAUUGUUGGUGGAAGAAAUCACGGAAGCUUGCAAGAGUUCUCUGUCAGAUAAAAAUGAAGAAAUCCAAUUGUUGGAUGUGAUUACGGAGGGCGUGGCAUCCUUAUUUUCUGAUGAGAAUUCAGGAUUGGUAGUGAAGAGAGAGAUUCCAUCAGCACCUCCCGUGCCUGAAAACCUGAACUUCCCAAUCUGUGAUGAAGAAGAUGCGGGCCUGUCAACAACAUCAGAUACCACAAAUGACCAAUUGGACACAUUAAACCAGAGCUUCCAACAUGAUUCUGUUGUGGAAUUGAUUUCUGGAGGAGAGAAUACCUGGCGAUCCUUAGGAAGUUCAGAACAAAAGACCAACCUUCUCGUGAAUUUUGAUACUUCAUCAUCUGUUUUGGAAGAAAAAGUACAUUCAGCUGCUGAAAUACUUGAGGGAACUGAAAAUCAAAAGCUAGAGAAAAAGGAUCAUCAAGAGAUGGAUAUUCCAGGGCCUUCCCCUGAGCCUCUCAUGACAGAAUCAGUGAACUCAUUUCUGCCAGAAGUAGUUACAGAUACCAACUUCGAACAAGUAAAUAAGGAGAACCAGGCUUCGAAGGUUCUUCUCACUCUGCAACCUCCACUUGAAAGAGGAAAGACAGCAAAUGCUGAAGCAGAUCAAGUGGUAACUUUGCUGGUGGAUACUGAUCAACACGGUGACAAUUCUGUGACAGAAAUAAUUGAGAAUACUGAAAGAGAGUGCAUGUCAGAAAAAGAAUGUGAGUGUGAAAGUGAGAGUUUCUAUUCUGUUCCUCUGCCAACAGAAUCUGUGAAUUCAUCAUUGCCUGGUGAAGUUUGCUGUGAGUAUGCAGAUAAUAAGAAGAGCCAGACUCCAGAAUCUCUGCUUGCUCCAGUACUGCUGUCUGAACAUGAGAAGUUGGACAGCAGCUCACCCAGAUCAGAGAGAAGAUCUAACUUGAACAAUCUAUGGUCUAGAAGAGGUAAACCCACUUCUGCUCUUCAGAUUCGAACGUGUGGGAGUACAGUUAAGGCUGUAGCAGCUGUUAAUGAUGCUGGAAAAAAAUUGAUUCCACGAUCUCUUCUCCUUGGUUCAGAAGAUGUGGAAGAAGAAAUCUUUACCCCGGACAAGGAGAAUUUCACCCCAAAUACUCUCUUAUGGAAAUCCUUGAAAAGAAAUGGUAAGCUAGAAGAAAAUAAAGAUUAUUCAAAUACUUGUGCAUCAUCUCCAAAUAUUACUUCUAGUCCCGUUGUCAAGCCAGAUGAAGACUUGAUUGCCUCUUCUGACAAAGAGAACCAGACACCAAAAGUUCUUAAAGAGCAAAAAUUGACCAGAAGUUCAUCUAAAAAUCUUGUGAAUUUGGAAAAAGAUAGAGUGGUAACAAAGAGAAAAAUUGACAGAGCUCCAUUACUAUCUCUGCUUGUGAACUCAGCUGGCAAGAACAUAUCAGAAGCUUCAGUCCCCAUUACCACUAUAGGAAGCAACAUAUCUGUUGGUUCUAAAACAAUAGAGAAGAGGAUUACUCGUAGUGCCUCAAAUAACUCUGUUGGAAGGAGAAGAGACACUUGGACCAUGGUAGUGGACGUCACUUCUCUAAUGGACAAGGAGUCAAGGAAGGCAUUGCAGCUUCUACAAGGUCUCAAGGGAACUCGUUUGAUCAUUCCAAGAAUGGUCAUAAGGGAGCUAGAUUCCUUAAAUCGACGUGGUAGUCUCUUUAGAAGGAAAACAGAGGCUGCUUCAGUGUUGGAAUGGAUUGAAGAUUGUAUGGUGAAAACAAAAUGGUGGAUUCAUGUCCAGAGCUCAGCGGAGGAAGGACAGCAAAUUUUACCAACUCCACCAGCUUCUCCUCAGUUUCAAUUCAAUGAAAGUAGUGACUGUAUUCUCUCUGAAACAACAUCAGCCAUUACAAGUUUAGCAGAAAUUGCUUCACCUACGGCAGAGGACCAUGUUCUUGACUCUGCACUCCGGUUUAGAACAAUGGAGAUUGAUGGACAACUCAUCCUGCUUUCUAACGAGGUGACCAUGAAGAUCAAAGCCAUGGCAGAGGGCUUGCUCUGUGAGACAGCACAGGAAUUCCGGGAGAGUCUGGUGAACCCCUUUUCUGAUAGGUUCUUGUGGGCGGACAGUUCUCCAAGAGGACAGACUUGGUCCUAUUUGGAUGAUGUAGUUCUGAGGGAGAGGUAUUGUGGCGGCCCCUUGAAGAAGUCAUCAAAGGGAGAAAGCGCAAAGGGCUUGAAACUCAUACUCCUACAUAAUUCAAAUUAUGGACAGAGCAGCUCCAUCCGCUGAAGAAAUUUAGUCUGUAUGACAUUAGCUGGUGCAUUCUAGUCUAUAGAUGAAAUGAUCUGAAAUUCAGUUUUCCUCGGGUCUACUUUUGGCCUUUGGUGAUGGUUAGAAACAUGGACAACCCUUCUAGAACUAGAUGUAAAAUCAUUUCAAUAAUAAAUAUUUUUGGAAAAU